AUGACCAGUAUCAUGGCUAUCUUAAAUGAUGUCGACCCUAACAACCCACAACCUCCACGGACUUCAGACAGGUCAACCUCAAGGCCCGUUCCGUUGCACGGUGACCCUCCAGAUUGCUCGGCUUCCCACCAGAGUGCUCAUCUGUCCAGUCAAUGUGAUACUACAGGCACCGAUGAGAUGAUUACUUACUCAUAUUCGAAUGUCCGGUCGCGCGCUGCUGGCCAACGCAAAAGUGAUGUCAAGUUAACACCGAAAACUGGCAAAGUCAGCCGAGCCAAGAAAGGCAACCGGGUACAUACAUGUGAGCAGUGCCAACCUUCAAAGACAUUCACCCGAGCCGAGCAUUUAAGACGACACGAACUCAUCCACCGACCACCUGCGCUGGUCUGCGACGCCCCGGACUGCGGCAAAGCAUAUCAUCGCAAAGAUCUGCUGAAGAGGCAUCGGCAGCAACACGAGAAACCGAUCGCGCUGAGCCCUCCUGGUGAGAACACAGCUAGUACUCUCGGCGCACGGCGCACGGCGCACGGCAAAGGGGUGAAGCGGGCACGGAAGUAG